GCUACAAUGAAGGCAGCCUCAGCCUCCUCGUCUUUCUUGUCUCGUAAAUCAGUGAUUCCAUCGCCAGAAAACGAUCCGUUUUCUAGUGAUGUGGGCGAUAGUGACGUGCAGCCACAAUCAUCAGAUGAAGACAUGGAUAUUCAGUCUACACCCAUUAGUCAACGCCAAAGCGAAGCACACGAUUCUCAUAUUGUACCUCACAAUGUCGGUACUCUUAGAGGAAGGAAGAAUUGUGGGCUUCCGCUAGUUCCUACCGCACUAGGGUUAACAAAUAGGAUUUGUACAAAAGACAAAGCCCACAAAACGAGCAAUCACCCCCCAUCAUCGCUAAAUUCAGUAUUGCAAAGCCCCAUCCAUGACAUCGGAAGCCAAAACAGCAACACCUUUGAAAAUGAUUACCAGUCGACCUCCACAUCCACCGAGCUGAGUAUUGCGGCUGCUAGGCCAGUUUACGCAGUCCGCACCAGAGUUUCAAAGACAUUUCCCGUUACUGAAUGUACGCGGUUAGCAGACAGAGCGGACUUAAGGUCAACUAACCAUACCACUACCCCAGCUUCGUCUCUAUCAGUUAAGAUGUACUAGGAUCAAAUAAGAAGA